GCUGCUGCAGCUCUAUGUGGCCUCUGAGGCCAUCCUCAUGGCACUGGUGGGGGCCACGCCCCCCUACCGCUGGGACCUGGCUGGGCCACUGCCCAACCAAACAUGGAGCAACGGGUCCCAGGCCGAGGCCUUCGGGAGCUGGGUCCCGAUGGCCCACCUCAGCGAGCUGCGUAAGCACGUGAGGUUCAGCAAUAGUUUCACCUCCAUCGUCUCUGAGUGGUUUCUGAUCGCGGACAGAUCUUACAAAGUCAGCGCAGCAAGCGCCCUCUUCUUCAGCGGCGUGUUUGUGGGCGUCCUCUCUUUUGGUCAGCUUUCGGAUCGCUUUGGGAGGAAGAAAGUCUACCUCGCAGGUCUCUCUCUCGACAUCUUAUUUGCCAUCGCGAACGGGCUCUCGCCCUCCUACGAGUUCUUCGCCGCCACCCGCUUCCUGGUGGGCGUCAUGAAUGGCGGGAUGUCGCUGGUGGCCUUUGUCCUGCUCAACGAGUGCUUGGGCGCCGCCUACUGGGCGCUGGCAGGCUCCCUGGGUGGCCUCUUCUUCGCCGUGGGGAUUGCGCAGUGCGCCCUGCUCGGGUACUUGGUCCGCUCCUGGAGGACCCUGGCCUUGACACUCAACCUGCAGGGAACGGCUGUCUGGCUCUUAUCUCUAUCCAUUCCUGAGUCUCCCCGCUGGCUGUACUCACAGGGCCGCCUGCGGGAGGCGGAGGAUGCGCUCCACCUGCUGGCCGCCAGGAACGGCCAGCCCGCGCACCGUGUGAUGCUAGGCCAGGCGCCUGGCGGGAGCUGCCCGGGCACCGGGAGCCUCCUGGACCUGUGCCGCCACAGGCCUCUCCUCUGCCACACCCUCAUCCUGGCCUUCGCAUGGUUUGUGUGCAGCCUGGUGUACUAUGGCCUCACACUGAGUGCCGGAGACCUUGGGGGAAGCAUUUACCUCAACCUUGCCCUGUCUGGCCUCAUCGAGAUCCCAUCCUAUCCGAUCUGCAUCUACUUGAUGAACCAGAAGUGGUUUGGUCGCAAGCGGACAUUAGCCGCAUUUCUCUUCCUGGGAGGCCUGGCCUGUCUCGUGGUGGUGUUCAUUCCCGAGAAGAAAGGCACAGGUGUGUUCUCCGUGGCCAGCGGCCGGUCCUCCGCCCUGCUGGGGAAGCUGACCAUCAGCGCCGCCUUCAACACCGCCUACAUCUACACCUCGGAGCUGUACCCCACGGUGGUCAGGAAUGCUGGGCUGGGCGCGUGCUCCAUGUUUUCCCGGGUCGGCGGGAUGAUGGCCCCCUUUGUCCCCUCACUGAGGCUGGUGCAGCCUUUCCUGCCCUUCAUGGUGUUCGGAGCCUUGGGCCUGACCUCCGGCCUCCUGACCCUGCUGUUGCCGGAAACCCUCCACAGCCCCCUGCCGGAGACCUUGGCUGACCUCCACUCCUACAGGCGGCUCGGGGACGAAGCGCUGUCCUUACAGACCCUGGACCCUUCUCAGCCUUCGAGGAAGGACAGCGAGGGAGGGAGGCAGAGCGAGGAAGAGGAAGAGCUCUGUGAUGCUGAUGAAGAGACUCAGAUGCUCAGAUGA